AUGUCAUUCUCUUACUGCAAGGAGUACGGCAAGGACAAAGUGAUCUUCGUGACCAAGGAGGACCAUGCCACGCCCAGCACCAUCGAGCUGCCGCCGCCAGAGAAGCCGGAGGGCGUGAUCACCAAGGACGGCAAGAUCAACUGGAGUUGUCCCUGUCUCGGCGGAAUGGCCACUGGUCCCUGUGGCGUCGAUUUCCGUGAGGCCUUCUCCUGCUUCCAGAACAGCACCGCCGAUCCCAAGGGAUCGGACUGCUACGAUGCCUUCACCAAGAUGCGCGACUGCUUCCAGAAGUACCCCACCGUGUACAACAAGUCUGGCGGCGAUGACGACGACGAUGAUGGCUUGAGCGAAGCCUUGGACACGGAUGCCGGUUCAGUUGGUGGCCAGAACGCAGAUCCGCUGGCGGAUGUGGGCAACAAUGGAGGCGGCGAUGAGGUGCUGACCCCCAAUAGCAGUUCGGUGGUGCCCAAGGCUUAGGCCGGAGUACGUGCAUACAUUACAUUAAGAUAAGAGCUAGGUGUGACUUCGUACAAAAUAAAUAAAGCUUGUCAUGGCUGGUGGCCAGUCGGGCUUCAAUCGAUACAAAAA